GUCCCAAAAUGCGUCACCUAAUUAAUAUCUUUUCAACUAUACGCUUAUAUUUCAUUUCUUACCCAUUAUAUUUAAUAUUAAAUUAAUUCCUUAAUUAGAUUUCUGACCCAUUAUGUUUAACAUUAAAUCAAUUCCUUAAUUGACAUAAUUCUAAUGAUCAUCCAAACAGAGUGUUAACGUCCUUACGUGACAGUUGCCAAAAAAAUAUUAUUCCUAAAUUCGUGCUACUCCAAUUCACGCGAAGAAUCUCCUCGGCUUCCACACGUACUGUACACAACAAGCCACGUGUCAAGCCACGUAUACUCGUCUUCAACCUUCAAACCGCUUUUUUCCUUUUUCUUAUACCUUAAGAUAAAUCUUGCAUAAAUCUUCAAACCCAAAUACAGAUCUUCAAAAUUGGUUGACAAAGUUGUUUCCUUUUUGUGUGAAAGUCCAAACUGGGUAAUCAAAAAUCCAAGAAAAACACUACUAUGUCUUCUCAAAAUCCUCCCAAAUUAUACCCACAAGUCAUUGAUUCUAACCCAGAAUCAUCUUCUCCAUUUCUUACAAAUACCCAAAAGAACCCUUCAAGUUCUAUGUAUCCAACUAUUGAUAUGAAAGAUCUAGCAGAAAAUCUAUUCCCAGAAACUGAAAACAAUCAACAACCUAAUCAAGAUUCCAACUUUGUGUCACUUGAACAAGUGCUUGUCAAAAUCCCAGGUGCGAUUGUUCAUUUGAUUGAUAAAGAAUGUAGCGUCGUGCUUGCUAGUGGUGAAUUCGAGAUUGUUCAAUUGAAACAGGGGGAGAAUGUUGUUGCUGUCCUUGCACGUGUUGGUGAUCAAAUCCAAUGGCCAUUAGCGAAAGAUGAACCUGCUGUUAAGCUUGAUGAGUCUCAUUACUUCUUCACUCUUACUGUACCUUCUGAAGCAAAUGAUGAAGAUGGAUAUACAGAGAAUUUGCUUAACUAUGGGUUGACCAUAGCAUCGAAAGGGCAAGAAAAGGUGUUAAAGGAAUUAGAUUCAGUAUUGGAGAAGUACAGUGCAUUUAGAGUUGAGAAGGUGAAGAAGGAUAAAGGGGUUGUAGAGAAAUGGUGGAUGACACCAAAAGAUGUUUCACCAGAAGAAAUGGAGAAGAAAAAGGAGGAUAUGGAGAGGAGCUCGGCGGCGUACUGGACAACUUUGGCUCCGAAUGUAGAGGAUUAUAGUAGUAGUAUUGCAAGAAUGAUUGCAGCCGGGUCGGGUCAGUUGAUCAAGGGGAUAUUAUGGUGUGGAGAUGUUACUGUGGAUAGGUUGAAAUGGGGGAAUGAUGUGUUGAUGAAGAGAAUGGGGAAAGGGACCAACUCUGAGAUUAGCCCUGAGGCUAUGAGGAGGAUGAAAAGGGUGAAGAAGAUGACAAAAAUGUCGGAGAAAGUGGCAACUGGUAUACUCUCAGGAGUUGUGAAGGUUUCUGGAUUCUUCACAAGUUCUAUUGCAAACUCUAAAGCUGGACAGAGAUUCUUUAGCCUUCUUCCAGGAGAAAUUGUUCUUGCUUCCUUGGAUGGAUUCAACAAGGUUUGUGAUGCCGUUGAAGUGGCGGGAAAGAAUGUGAUGUCAACAACCUCAGUCGUGACUACUGGUCUUGUUCAACAGAGGCAUGGUGAUCAGGCUGCGCAGAUGACACGUGAUGGAUUUGAUGCUGCAGGGCAUGCACUAGGGACUGCCUGGGCUGUGUUUAAGAUAAGAAAAGCCCUCAAUCCAAAGGGUGCUGUCAAGCCUACAACAGUUGCAAAAGCUGCUGCUCAAGCUAACCUUGCUAAGUUGAAGAGCAAGCAGAAGUGAAAUGAUCUUAAUGUUCCACCAGGCACCACCAGCCAUCUCUUAACACGUUCUAACUUGCUCAAUUUAGACUUGUUUUAUCUAUUGCAUCAGUUAUAGAGUUUGUCUAUGCCUUGAGAGUAUCAAGGAUGUAACGUGUCUGAACAUUGAAUUUGGAAGAAUGAUAUGUAUUGUUAGCUUACUAUA